AGAAAAUAGGACCAAGAGGAGAGGAGGAAGAAGCGGUACAGGCCUAAAGAAGAAGAGGAGGAAGUGUGUGUGUUUGUGGUGUUUGCCGUGGCGGCGGCGACUCCCUGGGCCUGGCGUGCUGCUGCGUCCCUCCUGCCGUGGCCACAGGUAAAAAGUUUGUACCAAAUGGAAGGGGAGGAGCAGAAAUCUCAAGUCAUGGACUUGACCCCAGAGCAGAACGAAGGUGUGCUGAAGGAGAUUUUGAAAGAAGGGGAGAGAGAAGAAGGACCAUUGCAGGGCGAUCGUGUGUCAGUUCACUACAUUGGAAUCUUGGCUGAGGAUGGAUCCAAGUUUGACUCUAGUCGUGAAAGUGGGGAGCGCUUUGAGUUUACCCUUGGCAAAGGUGAGGUCAUCAAAGGAUGGGACUUGGGAGUAGGCAGCAUGAAGAAGGGUGAAAUAGCCAGACUAACAUGCAAGAGUGACUAUGCCUAUGGAGAGGUGGGCAACCCUCCUAAAAUACCAUCCAAUGCAACUCUUAUAUUUGAGAUUGAGUUGUUUGAAUGGCAUGGAGAAGACUUAAGCUCCAAAAAAGAUGGUGGCAUUAUCCGAAGAAUUCUUGUAGCAGGGGAAGGUUACCUGACUCCUAAUGAUGGUGCUAUUGUACAUGUGCGCUUGAGUGGACGUGUGAAUGGCACUGUGUUUGAUGAGCGAGAGGUGAAGUUUCCUCUCGGCGAAGGAACUGAGUAUAAUAUCCCAGAGGGCCUGGAAAGGGGUCUGGAGAGAUUCAAGAAGGGAGAGAAAUCUACUAUAAAACUAUCACCAAAGUAUGCAUUUGGAUCUGCAGGGAAUGUCUCCAUUGGUGUACCACCAGGGGCCUAUUUAGACUAUGAAAUCGAGUUAUGCAGUUUUGAAAAAGCUAAAGAGUCCUGGGAGAUGGAUCAGGAGGAGAAGAUCGAGCAUGCAAAGAUCUGCAAGGAGAGAGGGAGUGCAUUCUUCAAAGAGGAGAAAUACAGACUAGCAGUCAAGCAGUAUAAAAAAGUUCUUGACUUCCUGCAGUAUGAUAAUGGAUUAACUGAUGAGAAGAAGGCUGAGAGUCGGUCCACACUGCUGGCUGGCUACCUGAACCUGGCCAUGACAUACCUUAAACUCCACGACAACCCUCGGGCGCGAGACCAUGCCACCAAAGCCCUAGAGAUGGACAACAACAAUGUGAAAGCUUACUUCAGGAGAGGGCAGGCAUUUUUAAAUAUGGGAGAAGCUGAAUAUGCAGAGAAAGACUUCCAGAUAUGUCUUGAUCUGGACCAGAACAACAAGGCAGCCAAGCAGCAGCUACAGAGGUGUGCCCUUCAAAUCAAGGAAGACAAACGAAAAGAAAAACAGCUGUACGGUGGAAUGUUUGACAAGUUUGCCAGACAAGAUAGAGCGAGAGAAGAAGCUGAAGCCAACAGGUGGAAGGAUGUCAUGGCAGGUGACCUUGGGGAGUGGGGCAAGGCAGAGGAAAAGAAGGAUUCUGACAAAUGUGAAUUGUCCCAGUUAGUUAACAUUGAUGGUGUCCAUAUGCUCUAACUCAUUCCUUCUGUGGUCUGGACCAUCAGAUUAUUCAGAAGGUAGUGUACAUGAUAGCUAUAGAAGUUACUCAUAGUUGUACCUGUCAUAUUUCCUCGAACAGUUCCAUUUAUUUAAGUGUAAAUUAGUGCCAACAGUGCAGGCACUUAUUUAAAUGUGAUAUAAGCUUAUUUUUUGAUAGCAUAUUGUAGUUAGGAAAAAUUAUUGUUUAUAGAUUGUUCAGGCACAAGUCCUUGCAGGAGUGUCCAGUGAUAAUGUGGCCAGGAACCUCCCCAUGCUUCUGGCUUAUGUGAAAAAUAUUUUGGCAAAGCAAUAGCAUAAGUAAUAAGUUUAGCUCAAAAGGGGACAUACUGAUCAAAUUUGGAAGCAUACGACAUUUUGUUAGUGAUGUUAGUGACACUCGGCCAACAGUCUACUGAGCAGCUGAAGGAAAUGAGAUAUUGCCUAACAGCGAACCUCAAGGUUUUUUUAAGAUUAGAGAUAAGUUUCACGUCUGUAUGUGCAGUUGUGGGAUGGACAGCAAAGGUAAAAACUGAAAAAAUAAGCACAUGUCUUGUUGCUGCCUAAACAGGGAGGCACUGCUGUUCAUAUUGCACAUAAAGUGGGCUUUUCAAGGCCAGCUGGACGUACAGCAAGCUGCAUUACAGUAUUCUUCUCAAGGGGCACAAAGCACUGAACUCAAAAGUAAGACAUCCCUGAAAACACACAAGAUUUUAAAGAGUAAAAUAUUUGCUAAUUUUUCUGUAACAGUUACAGAACUGAUGUUGAAGUUUUCAGAAGUGCUGGAAGGCAUUGCAAUUCAGAUUAUCCAACACAAGCUGCAAUAUUACCUUAACCAAGAAACCAUUGCCUCAAAAGCUAUGAAGAAAAGUUGGUUUGUUUUUUGUAAGAAAUGUAGCCAUUUCACAUCAGAGCAUGAGAAGAAAAUAAAGUUUUCAGAGGAGUCUACUUUUAGGCUGGUGAAUAAUGCUUUAGAAAUGUUAUAUUGGCUCAUAAGUGUGUCACUGUAUGACCCUGUGUGUACCAUGGUAACUAUGAAGCACCCAGACGGUGUUAUGGUUUGGGGGUAUUCAGGAAAUGGUAUGUUGUAUUUCUUGCCAAAGAACAACAAAAAAAGGCUGGGAAGACAUUUAAAUGUGUUUAAGGAAUAUUUGUUGUCUCUCUAUAUCAUUCAAUAAUGUAACUUGAUUUUAGUUAUAAUGCACCUGCUUCAAAACAAGGAAAAAAACAUUCAAAAGUCCCUGAUGAGGCUUUAGAGCAGGGCUACUCAACUAUUUUGAGCAAAGGUCUAGUUAGACAAGUUCAAUUGUAUGCAGAGGUCCAGAUAAAAAUUAUUGCUCUACCCCAGGCUCCAGGAGUAGAAAAAUAUGAUUAAGUAUCCUGAAGGUCCUGGCAAUGUAUUCAUGCAAGUGUAUUUCUUGGACUGACUGUAGGCCCUACAGUCAGUUGAGGAAAUACAUUUGCAAGAAUACAUCACAAGGACCUUCAUGUUAUUUAAUUAUAUUUUUCUACUCCUGAAGCUUGGGGUCCAGCUACAACAUUCAGAAGGUCCGGAUUUGGACCGUGGUCCGCCAGUUGAGUAGCCCUGCUCUAGAGUGAUAAAGUGACUCACCAAAAAUGUUUGGAAGAAAAAAGAGAAACAUGGUGGAUUAGACAAAACCCUGCAACACAGAGGACAAGGAGGAAUCUCCCUUCAGAUUUAGUGCAUUAUGGACAAAAAGAACUCUACUCAUCUGGUUGAUUCAUUGGUAUCCAGGCUGAGGAAGGGAUUGCUUGCAUUUAGGUGGAUCAAAUUCUAUACCAGGUCUUCGUGACAAAGAGGUGGAGUUCAUGUAAGAUUGAGAUGUGGCAACAUGCACACUAACUGAUGGAACCACAGCAAUGCACUCCAUAAUUCUCUGCGUCUUUGGUGCAUCACGAUGACAGACCUUUGAAAAUAUAGUGAAUGUAUUUAUCCAGCUAUGCCUUUUGCACUGCUUAUAUUGAUAAUUGUGGAGUGAGUGAUGUUUGUAGAAUGUAUUCCUGCAGUCCAACCAUUUCUUUGGAGGGGCAGGCUCUAUUUCACAAGGCUCCCAACUCAAGAGCUAUUGAAUGAUAUGCUUAACAUGGUCAUAUGAGAGUAUGAGAUUUAAGUUUCAGUUGAUUACUAAAGCUACAGACUGCUCCUUUUGUUUUGGGGGCAGCCAAGGUGAUGCAGAUGUGACACUUGAAAACCUGGCCUAGGGCAUACCUUUGGAGGGUUCUGUAUGUUGGCUCAUGGAUCGUCUGGAGCCUCUUUAAGGAUCACAGACUGACUCCUUAUCAAAUGAGCUCAGAAAAGUGAAGGUGGGUACAGUAGAACUUUUGGAGCAAUUGUGAGAUCAGUGGUGAGGGCUAAUCCUACUACUGAUCUUUCAUGAGAAAUGGUACCUGUUUUAAGGGGUAGUUAUAUUAGUAUUAUUAUGAUGAUGAUGAUGAUUGUCAUUAUCAUUAUCAUUACUUCAGCCUUUUUUGGUGAGAUUAUUAGCUCGAGAUUUUUAAUUGUGUUCUCGGCUGGGUUGUAUAAGCCCUAGUUAAAGAGAAAUACUGGUGCACGCAUGAACACAAAAUGAUGCAAUUACAGAAAUAGACAACCGCUGUACAAUUUUUCCUUUAUUUGUAAUUUUUGUUGAAUAUGUAAUUUCUGCUGCACCUACUUUAUAAUGAAAUGUUGGUCCUGUAACUGUUGAACUAUGGUAAUUCUUACAAAGAGCUUCUGUGUUUUAUAUACUACAUGUUAGAAGUUGACCAUACAGGGCUCCAAAAUGGUCUUGGAUUAAUGUCUAAUACUCAAAAAUACUUGUGUUAAAUUUGUCUCCUUACAUUGUAAUGUAAAUAAGAAAGCUCUGCACAGUUGUGGGAAUAUGCAAUCCAUUGAGCACAUAGGCUAGAUUGGUGAAAAAUGAGGUGGUGUGAGAAGAGUAGAAUGUUGGUUUUAUAAAAAAGUGAAUCAUAAAGGAAACUGUGCUAAGACAACAGUCAUUUUUACAGAAUGAAGAGGACAAGAUGUUUGAAAAUUUCCCCCACUAAAAUUGGGAUAAAAGCUGAUGUUUAGUUUUUAGAUGGUUUCAAGAUUUGCUGAAAACUGUCUUAUAAAAAGAGAAUGGAAAUUGUUAAUGCAAGAAAGUUGACAUACAUAAGGUUGUGGAGGCAGGGCUGAUGAAUGCUAAGUAAGAUCAUGAGUAAAGGGAUGCAUGUCUCAUAAACUGUAAAACCAUGAUAUGAGUUAAGCCAUUUGAUGGCUUGUUAGAAAUCCUACAAUGUCAUUGGCAAUGUGCAAUCAUAACAAAUGCUGGGGUCUGAGGUAAAGUGCUCAAAAUUAAUUCAUUCUAUAGCUAGGUUCAGCCAUCUUCUCUUCUGACCAAAGUAGUUGAUAAAGAGGCUCAACCCCCUCACCUAUGUCAUGUGGGACAGUUUUGAUUAUGAUGAUGCUUAUGGUAAUUAAAUUAUGAGGUCAAUGACUGUCAUGCAAAUUGAGUUGAUGAAUUCUGUCCAUGCAGUGUACUGAAACAGCAUUGGGAUGCAUUUAGCUGUUCUGUGUCUGCUAAAAAAAAUGAAUAUUCUAGUGAACAUUGUCAUGAAUAAGUUUAUGGUAGUUAUUUUCCAAUGGAAAGAAGUGUCUACUGCCAUGUCCAAAGAAUAUUGAAGCAGCUAUCACUAAUGAAAUGCGUCACAUUCACAACAUUUCCGAGUAAUUUUGUCAUCUCAUCAUCAUCAUCAAACUCCAACAUGGCGGUGACUGCCAGUCAAGAUGAAGAGAAACGUUCAGUCUUUUUCUUUUAGCCCCAUUUUUGAUGGUCAGUAAAGUGGCAUGAAGGAAGUAAAAUUUUAAUCAUUAUUAAAUGUCAGAAUAGCUUUAUUUUAUUAGACACGAAUUAGCUGUGCAUUUUAUAAUUACAUUUUAUUAUUACAAUUUAAAACUACCAUUAUGUAUGUACAUAGAAUGUAUCAGUGCAUUGCAUGUGAACCUGUAUAUAUGAUUCUAUAAACUCAGCUUUACUGCAUGAAUGUCCUGUGUUCUGUGAUGAGUGGUGGGUGAGUGAGUGAUGCAGUGCUGGGAGGCAUUGUUGUCAGUGUGACCUUGGCAACAGUGGCUCCCAGGGUGUGAAAGGAAUUCAUGACCUUAUCAAGCUUUAUACAUAUAUGAACAAGUGUAAGAUAGCAUUUACGUCAUUCUCUGAUGCCUAUCAUGCUGCUUUUGCUAACUAUUAUUAUGAUCUGCAGUCAUACUUGUUUAGUUAUGUCUCCCUGUCUUUAGGAAACAGAUGUGUAAAUGUUGUAUUGAGGUGGCUCAUAUUGCAGCAUGAGGCAUUGACCUGACUGCUCUUGCCCCUUAGCCGAUCUGUUUGGGGCAGGUGUGUGUGGGUACUUAAGUUAAAGUGGAUUAAUUAAAAAUGGAUCAUUAAACAGAUAAGGGGGCGUGGAAUGCAAAUUUUGUACGUAUACUUGACAUAAGGAACCGGAAUAAAAGUUCGGAGAAUUA